GCGGUCAGCUGAGUUGAAGCUAUGGCCAGGAAUGUUCAGCCCUAGGCUCCCAGUUGACCCUAAGGACCUAUACUUUUUCACCCCUACAGAUUGGCUCUCAACACUGGCCUCUCGUCUCUUUUCCCCUUCCGUGAAAUCCCAACCCAGAAUCCAAAGAUUCUCUUUUCUUUUCCUCGCCCCUCUUCUGGUCUCCACCUUUUAAGACACUCCCAUUCUUAGCAUAUCUAUAUCUCUAUACAUACUCUCCCCUACCCCAGCCUACCUUGUGGGUCCCCAUUAGCUUUGUAAAGAGCUCUUCCGAGACCCUUUCCUCAGUCCUCCUGACCUACCCUUUCCAUCCAACCACCCCAAGCCAGUCAUGGUCACGGGCAGGUUCUAGCCCUAAGGUUCAGAUUUUCCCAAACUGGGAGGGGUGUAGGGGGGAGGAGAAUCGGUCCCUCCCCUCACCAGGGAUCCAUGUGUCCAAGGAGCUAAAACCUCUUCGAGGUGAGAGAGAGCCAACAGGAGACCUCCUACCCCACCUCCCAAUCCUGUCACGUGUCCUUCGCUCCCCCCCAACUCCACCCCCCCUCGGCAUAAAAAACUACCCGGCCAGCCCAGUUCCCUCCCUCUCUCUGCUCCCGCUGGGUGAGUUCAGAGACCAGGCUUCAGCUCCUCCUCCACCGUCCCCCCACUUCCCUCCCCUCUCUGGCUUCUGGCGGGGUACUCUGCCAAAGGGGAGGGGGUGAGGAUGAAGGGGGUGGGACGGAUCCUGGGUUAGGACCCCUCCCGAUAUCCCCGGUGCGCCUCUCUUUCUGUGCAGUUUUCUAGCUGCAAUGAGUCCCGUUUUCAUCUCUUCUUUCCUCUCUUGCCAGUUUUGUCACAAUCUCUUGUUCUCAUUCCACCUCUAUUGUUCCCUUUCCCCCAGGCUUCUCUGCUGUCUCACCUUCUCACUAUCUCUUGUUACUACAGCCAUCAGACUUUCUCCUCCAUCUCUCCUUUCUUCUCUAGCCCCGGCCCCAUCUCGUCGCCCACAACCCCUUCUUCAGCUUGCCUUGCUUUUCUGUUUCUCUUGAUCUCCUCUUCCUCACUGCUUCUCCCCCCCCCCCCUUAGUUACCUUGGUUUAAUCGGUCUUUCGGUCCCUCUUUGCUUUUGACUUUAGUGCUCUCCUUCCUUCUGUCCCUCCACUUUUCCAUCCUGUAUCUUUUUCCUGUCCCUGUCCUUCCCCCACCCAUUUAAAUAUAUGUGUGUAUGUUUGUGUGCCUGGCACUUUAAAGAAUGAUACUAAGGGGGAUUAGUGUGUGUGCAUUUGUGGGGGAAAAGAAUAGUCCCCACCUCCCAGCCCUUUCUGCCCCGCGUCUCCUGCCAUUUCUUCCUCCUCUUGCCCCCUUGCUACUCUCUGUGCUGGGCACAUAGUAGGCGUUGAGUGAAUGUUUGGGCAUGGAGUCACUAAUGGCUUUACCCGUUUCUCCCCUGGCCCUGCUCGGCUUCCCUAAUGCUCAGGGUAUGCUGCCCUCAAGUUGUCCUGGGAGUUGCAGGGACAGUGAGAAGGGCUAACACCUCGGCAAUGAGCAACACCCCCAGACGUCCUGCCUUGGGCACGGGCCCGGGUCCUGGCCCCUUCCGAACACCUGAGCCAGAGGGCUCAGGCCCCCACGCGGGCCCCGGGUGCCCUCCGUUCGCCGAACACGAAGACCACGAACUGCACCGCACUUUGGGCCUGGAGCGCUUUGAGGAGAUUCUGCAAGAGGCAGGAUCCCGCAGCGGGGACGAGCCGGGCCGGAGCUAUGGGGAGGAAGACUUUGAGUACCAUCGCCAGUCUUCCCACCACAUCCAUCACCCACUCUCUACCCAUCUGCCUCCUGAUGCUCGCCGGAGAAAGAACGCACAGGGUCCGGGCAGAAAGCCCCGCAAACGCCCAGGAGCUUCCCCCACAGGAGAAACCCCCACCAUUGAGGAGGGUGAGGAAGACGAGGAUGAGGUCAGUGAAGUGGAGAGUGGUCGCACAGCUCCCCAGCUGUCUCCAAGCUCCACCCCUAGUUCUGUCCAGUUCUUCCUCCAGGAGGAUGAUAGCACAGACCGAAAACCUGAGGGACCUGUUCCUUCUCCCCCACCACAACCCUCCCACCAAGAAACGAGCCCCAGAGCCCCCAAAGGGGCCCAGCCUGGGGCUCUGGCAGAAGAGGCAUCCGGAGGUGCCGUGGGGGGCGAGGAUGGAGGAGCCUCAGGGAGGGCUUCUGUCAAGGCCCCACCUGGGCACCGCAGCUACAACCUGCAGGAGCGCCGCAGAAUUGGGAGCAUGACGGGGGCAGAGCAGGCCUUGCUGCCCCGUGUGCCCACGGAUGAGAGCGAGGCCCAAACCUUGGGCACGGCUGACCUAGACCUCAUGAAAAGUCACCGUUUUGAGGAUGUCCCAGGUGUUCGGCGCCACUUAGUGAGGAAGAAUGCCAAGGGGCCUGUGCAGGGCGGCCGGGAGGGGAGAGAGCCCGGCCCCACACCUCGGACUCGGACCCGGCCUCCCCACCAGCCCCACGAGGUGUUUGUGGAGCUGAAUGAGCUCUUGCUGGACAAGAACCAGGAGCCUCAGUGGAGAGAGACUGCGCGCUGGAUCAAGUUUGAGGAGGAUGUGGAGGAGGAGACUGACAGAUGGGGGAAGCCCCACGUUGCCUCGCUCUCCUUCCGAAGCCUCCUGGAACUUCGGAGAACCCUGGCUCACGGGGCGGUCCUCCUAGACCUGGAUCAGCAGACACUGCCAGGGGUGGCACACCAGGUGGUAGAACAAAUGGUCAUCUCUGACCAGAUCAAGGCUGAGGACCGAGCCAAUGUGCUUCGGGCCCUGCUUCUGAAACACAGCCAUCCAAGUGAUGAGAAAGAUUUCUCCUUUCCCCGGAACAUUUCUGCUGGCUCGUUGGGGUCCCUGCUUGGGCAUCACCAUGGCCAGGGGGCUGAGAGUGACCCCCAUGUUACCGAACCUCUGAUUGGGGGUGUUCCUGAGACCCGCCUGGAGGUAGAGAGAGAGCGGGAGCUGCCUCCUGCUGCUCCUCCUGCAGGUAUAACUCGGUCCAAGUCCAAACAUGAGCUGAAGCUGCUGGAAAAAAUUCCUGAGAACGCAGAGGCCACUGUGGUGCUCGUGGGCUGCGUAGAGUUCCUGUCGCGCCCCACCAUGGCCUUUGUGAGGUUGCGGGAGGCUGCUGAGCUGGACGCCGUCCUCGAAGUGCCUGUGCCGGUGCGCUUCCUCUUCCUGCUCCUGGGCCCAAGCAGUGCCAACAUGGACUACCACGAGAUCGGCCGCUCCAUCUCCACCCUCAUGUCCGACAAGCAAUUCCAUGAAGCGGCCUACCUGGCAGACGAGAGGGAAGACCUGCUGACAGCCAUCAAUGCCUUCUUGGACUGCAGCGUGGUGCUGCCCCCCUCCGAGGUGCAGGGCGAGGAGCUCCUCCGGUCUGUGGCCCACUUUCAGCGGCAGAUGCUCAAGAAGCGCGAGGAGCAGGGCCGGCUGUUGCCCAUGGGUGCAGGGCUGGAGCCCAAGUCCCCCCAGGACAAGGCGCUCCUACAGAUGGCGGAAGCAGCUGGGGGAGGGGACGAUGAUGAUCCUCUUCGGCGUACGGGCCGGCCCUUUGGAGGGCUGAUCCGGGAUGUGCGGCGGCGUUAUCCUCACUACCUGAGUGACUUCCGAGACGCACUGGACCCCCAGUGUUUGGCAGCUGUCAUCUUCAUCUACUUUGCUGCCCUGUCCCCUGCCAUCACUUUUGGGGGGCUACUUGGAGAAAAGACAGAGGAUCUCAUUGGUGUGUCUGAGCUGAUCAUGGCCACAGCUCUCCAAGGGGUGAUCUUCUGCCUACUGGGCGCCCAGCCUUUGCUCAUCAUUGGCUUUUCUGGGCCCCUGCUGGUCUUUGAGGAAGCCUUCUUCUCGUUUUGCCGCUCCAAUGGCCUGGAGUACCUGGUGGGUCGAGUGUGGAUCGGGUUUUGGCUGGUGCUCCUGGCUCUAUUGAUGGUGGCACUAGAGGGCAGCUUCCUCGUCCGCUUCGUCUCCCGAUUCACCCAAGAGAUCUUUGCUUUCCUCAUCUCCCUUAUUUUCAUUUAUGAGACCUUCUUCAAGCUGAUCAAGAUCUUCCAUGAACACCCACUCCAUGGCUGCAUUGUCCCAAAUGGCUCUGAGUCAGCACAAGUAGAGAAUAAAACAUGGACAGAUGUCAUGGUAGUGCUGAGAAAUGACAGUACACCUAGUAAGAAGGAGGUCCGGAAACUGCAAGGUCAGCCCAAUACAGCUCUGCUGUCCCUAGUGCUCAUGGCUGGGACCUUCUUCAUUGCCUUCUUUCUUCGAAAAUUCAAGAACAGCAGAUUCUUCCCUGGAAGGAUCCGAAGAGUAAUUGGAGACUUUGGGGUUCCCAUUGCAAUUCUCAUUAUGGUGCUGGUGGAUUACAGUGUUGAAGACACCUACACCCAGAAGCUGAGUGUUCCCAGUGGAUUCUCAGUGACAGCUCCUGAAAAACGGGGCUGGGUCAUCCAUCCUCUGGGCAAAAAUGGGGACUUUCCUGUUUGGAUGAUGAUUGCCAGCUUUCUGCCUGCCAUCCUUGUGUUCAUCCUCAUCUUCAUGGAGACUCAGAUUACAACGCUGAUCAUCUCCAAGAAGGAACGCAUGCUGCAGAAAGGCUCUGGCUUUCACCUGGACCUGCUGCUGAUUGUGGCCAUGGGAGGUCUUUGUGCCCUUUUUGGUCUGCCCUGGCUGGCUGCUGCUACUGUCCGCUCUGUCACACAUGCUAAUGCACUUACCGUCAUGAGCAAAGCUGUGGCCCCGGGGGACAAGCCCAAGAUCCAGGAAGUCAAGGAGCAGAGGGUGACAGGGCUCCUGGUGGCUGUGCUCGUGGGCCUCUCCAUGGUGAUUGGGGACUUGCUGCGUCAGAUCCCCCUGGCCGUGCUCUUCGGGAUCUUCCUCUACAUGGGCGUCACCUCCCUAAACGGCAUCCAGUUCUACGAACGGCUGCACCUGCUGCUUAUGCCGCCUAAGCACCACCCUGAUGUCACCUACGUCAAGAAGGUUCGGACCCUUCGGAUGCACUUAUUCACAGCCUUGCAGCUCUUGUGCCUGGCCAUCCUCUGGGCUGUCAUGUCCACGUCCGCCUCUCUCGCCUUCCCUUUCAUCCUCAUCCUCACCGUGCCGCUCCGGAUGGUGCUGCUCACACGAAUCUUCACAGAGAGAGAGAUGAAAUGCUUGGAUGCUAAUGAGGCAGAGCCGGUGUUCGAUGAGAGGGAGGGCGUGGAUGAGUAUAACGAGAUGCCCAUGCCGGUGUAGGAUGCUGGAUGGAGGGAUGAGACCGAGGGACAGAUGGACAGAGGGACUGGGGGCCUUGGGAGGGGGGACACAUCCUCCUUCAUUCUCCUACCCCUCAUUUUUAUUUAAAUGAAUAAUUUAAAUUCCUCCCCUGGCAGUAAAGUGCUUUGGGCCCCACAUCUCCCCUGGUUCCAUGCUUCACUGGGGGAAGGGCAAGAAUGAAUAGAGAGAGAUCAGGCUCCCAGAAAUCAUCCAUCUGAUUAGCUAAGUCUUUAAUAAGAAACUCAAAACACAGAAAUGGUACCUUAUUCACCCUCCCUAGGUGGUAGGUGGUUCCACACUCCCAAAAUAGGAAUAUCUCUACUUCAUGGACCAAAUGCAGUCUUUGCAGACUCCAUAUCCACAUCUGGACAGCUGUUAGAGAAGGGACAGGGGCUGAGGUUCAUUGUUUUAGGCAUUAUAUCUUAGUUGUUCAGACAGGAGUAUGAGGGAUUUGAUGGAAUAUAUUUUAUAAGCAAAAAAAGGAUGUGUGAAAAACACUGUCCCUGGGGCAAAAUCUCCACACAUACCUCCCACCCCCUUACACUGUACUUUUGUUCCUAAAAAAAAAAGCAAAAUCUGCUUUUCACCCCUGGCUCCCUUUGCCCAACCCAGUGCCUCAGAAUUCCUUUGCCUGUUCAGUAUAGUCUGGUGGCACCAUCAAACUUCUUCAGGAUCUCCUUUCUGUCAGCAGCUGUUCGUGACUAUUUCCUUAUGAGUAUGGAAGAGGGGGAAAAGGAUACUGAGAGUGGAAAGAUUCUUGGUUUCCAGAAACAUGGAUUCAAGUAUUGGCUUUUCCAAUAACUGACCAUGUAAGCUUAAGCAAGUCAUUUUAAUGUCUGAGUCUCUUUCCUUUUUGUGUUAAAAAAAAAAAAUUGGACUGCAGGUUUUUCCAGGCAUAAAAAUCUGGCGCCUGAAAGAAUAAAAUAUGGCGGGCCUAAACAUA